AUGGCGGCGGCCGUCACUACUAGUGCAAAUACGGUCACAACUGCUUCGAUUGCUGCUGAUGAAUUCCUAUCACCGCACAAGCCGGUGGACACGAUGACCACAACGUCGCCACUAGUCGGACUUGUCAGCGGAUGCGCCGGCGCAGUGGCUCUCGUAUACGUGGGACAGCCGCUGGACACGGUCAAGGUACGCAUGCAAUUGUCCACGGCCACUCGGGCUGUGACGUCUAACGGCGGUGGUGGCGGUGGCGGAUCCAUGUGGGAUUGCGUGCGCGACAUGUGGCGUCAGGCCCUGGUGACUCCGGCGCCGCAUAUUCGGCAACUGACGAACAACGCCGCCGGAGCCGUCGUCGAGGCGUGUCCGUUGACGGCCACCGGUCAGCCAGCUAGCAAGAUGGCCGCUGCUGGACGCAUGGCCCGGCUCAUGUACGCUGGCACAGCGCCCGCGUUGUUGGCCAACGUAGCAGAAAACGGAGUACUGUUCGCUGCGUAUGGCCCUUGCCAGCGGUUGGUGGCGUUCGCGUUGGAUCUGUUCGGCGGGGCCAGUGCCAGCAAUGCCGUCGUGGACGUGGAAAAAAAACUCGGCCCGGCCGGCAUGGCUACUGCCGGUAGCUUGGCGUCGCUGUGCUCGGCCUUCGCUCUAUGCCCCACCGAGCUGAUAAAGGUCCGUCUGCAGGCGGCCGACCUGGACAGGGCUAACUGCGCUGCUGUUUCCGGUACGACGGCUGGACGUCCACAAAACGCCGCGGCUGGCACGCUGCAGGUCGUUGCCCGGGUGUGGACCACCGAGGGCGGUCUACGAGGGAUGUACCGGGGACUGGGCUCGACAGUGGCACGUGAAAUGCCUGGCUACUACGUGUUCUUCCUGGCGUACGAGGCGAGCCGUACGUACAUGAACGAUUGGCAUCACAGUUCUUUGGCUACCUCUACGGCACCAUUGGUAGAACACCGAGAGGACCCGGCUUGGGUGACGAUGACAGCAGGCGCAGCAGCAGGUACUUGCCUCUGGCUAGUCGUGUAUCCUGUAGAUGCAAUCAAAUCUCGAAUUCAAGCAGCUGGUGGAGGCGGAAGUACAGCCGAAAGUUCAAGUGGCGGUUUCCUGAGGGCUAUGGCUCUGUCCGUGCGCAACGAGGGCCCACUGGCCCUAUAUCGCGGCCUGGCGCCCACCUUGCUACGCACUGUUCCUGCAUCGGCUGUCAUGUUCUGGACCGUUGAGCGUACCAAGACAUUAAUGUCGGGAUACGGGCUAUGA